GGGCGCGGGAGUGGGUUGUUUCUGUAGAAUAUGUUGAGGUUUGCUCGCCGACCUUUGUACAAAGUGCUGCUCCCAGCCACUCUGUGUAGGGAGUGGGACUCCCGCAUGUGCAGCACAAUAAUCUCUGCAAAGAAGGAAAUUAAUGGGGUCCACCUCCACUAUCAACAAACAGGGAAAGGGGAUCAUGCUGUCCUGCUGCUCCCUGGGGCUCUGGGAAGCGGUCAGACUGACUUUGGACCUCAGCUCAAGUCUCUGAACAAAGAACGUUUCACAGUUGUUGCCUGGGACCCUAGGGGCUAUGGACAUUCCAUUCCUCCACAACGAGAGUUUCCUUUGGAUUUUUUUCACACAGAUGCAAAAGAUGCUGUGGGUUUAAUGCAGGCAUUGCACUUCAAGAAAUUUUCCCUUCUGGGUUGGAGUGAUGGUGGAAUAACAGCGCUAAUUGCUGCCUCAAAGUAUCCGGGCCUCAUUCACAAAUUGGUCGUAUGGGGUGCGAAUGCUUUUGUAACUCAGGGAGACAUAAAAAUUUACAAUGCUGUUCGAGAUGUCUCGACGUGGAGUGAGAACAUGAGGAAGCCUAUGGUGGAGAUGUAUGGGGCAGACUAUUUCGCAAAGACCUGGGCUGCUUGGGUAGAUGGCAUCAUUCAAAUUGAGAAAGAAACAAAUGGUAACAUUUGUAAAGAUCUUGUUCCACAAAUCAAAAGCCCUACACUCAUCCUUCAUGGAGAGAAAGACUCAAUGGUGCCACGAUCUCACCCAGACUACCUGCACAAGCACAUCAAGAGCUCCAGACUGCACCUGAUGGCAGAAGGCAAACACAACUUGCAUUUGCGGUUUGCUGAGGAAUUUAACAGUCUUGUGGAAGAGUUUUUAAUAUCAUGACAGUUUGUAGUGUGUGUUAACAGACAGUCAUAGCUCUGAAACUGACACACUACCAAGAAAAGCAAAUGUGCACUGUGUAACACACAGAGCACUCUUGAGCUAAUCAUCUGUGUAAUUGAACAGACCACUCUUUAAAUCAGUACAUAUUAAAAAUCAGUUUUGUUGUUCAGUA